GUACUAUGCUAUCUGCUGCCAGCCUCUGGUUUACAGGAACAAGAUGACUCCAUUGCGCAUCGCUGUAAUGCUUGGAGGGUGCUGGGUAAUCCCGACGUUUAUUUCUUUCCUCCCUAUCAUGCAAGGCUGGAAUAGCAUUGGCAUCAUUGAUCUGAUUCAGCAAAGGCAGUUCAACAAGGCUUCCAACUCCACUUACUGCAUAUUCAUGGUCAACAAGCCAUACGCCAUUACCUGCUCCGUGGUGGCCUUCUACAUUCCCUUCCUCCUGAUGGUGCUGGCUUACUACCGCAUCUACGUCACGGCCAGGGAGCACGCCCGCCAGAUCCGGGUGCUGCAGCGCGCGGGGGCCCCCACUGACGGCCGGCAGCACCACCCAGACCAGCACAGCACACACCGCAUGAAGACUGAGACCAAAGCUGCCAAGACCCUGUGCAUCAUCAUGGGGUGCUUCUGCCUGUGCUGGGCCCCCUUCUUUAUCACAAACAUAGUGGACCCUUUCAUAAACUACACAGUGCCGGGGAAGCUGUGGACAGCUUUUCUGUGGCUGGGCUACAUCAAUUCAGGGUUGAACCCUUUCCUCUACGCCUUCCUGAACAAGUCUUUCAGACGUGCCUUCCUCAUCAUCCUGUGCUGCGGUGAUGAGCGAUACCGAAGGCCUUCCAUCUUGGGGCAGACAGUGCCCUGUUCCACCACCACAAUAAAUGGAUCGACUCAUGUACUAAGGUGA